AUGACAGGCGUCAAGAGGUGGAAGUGGGGGUGUCGUGCCGCUCCUUUCGGUGACGCUUGCGCUGAAGGUCGCGCUGCGAUAACAAUCGCUUGGACUCGAAACGGCUCGGUGCUGAAUGACUCGGAUAUGCAGAUUUUGCGUGACUAUGUCAAUCUCUAUGGCAAAACUGGGUCGGCAUCGGAUGCGCGUGCCUAUCUCUAUGACAAGCGUUAUCGUGAUCUAGAGGCGAAGGGCGAGAUCCAGUCGUGGUGCGUGAGCAUCAGCACCAUCAAUAGGCAGCUCAAAGCCAUCGAGUCCCAAGUCGCAGACGGUGUUUUAAACGAUGUUUUGGUGGUGCCAAACGAGCGACGCCCUGCCUCAUUCAAGCCGACGACACGCGAGGCAUGCCUCAACUACAUUGCCUUCCUCGACGCGCUGGAAUCAAAACACAACAUUCUGACUAAAAAUCGCCACAGUCUCAUUUCUGCUGGCGAAGCCUGUGUUGACGCGGCCAGCUCCAGGCAUGCCAAAGGCAGGCACCAACGGGUCGUGCCAGCCUCACGCUGCAACGUGUCCUGCUUUGCCGCAAUUAGCUACGCGGCAGAACGUGUUUUUCUGCAGACCAAGGUUGGCAUCGAAACUACUGAAAACACCCAAAGCCGCCUCGAGGCCACCAUUGCAGCAUGGCGUGUGCACCACGGUCCCCAGCUGCUGGUGAUCACCUUGGACGACGUCCGGCACCACCGCAAUGCCCUCGCUCUAAUGUGUGGACAGCAGGGGCUGCAGCAAUGCCAAAAGACCUUUGUGCGCUCAUCCUGCGAAAUUGCACCCGAAGACGCCAAAUACUGCCCGCUCAUUUACUAUGAGCUGGACGAGCAGCAGUAUGACGGCCCGGUGAUCUGUGUUCUCACGCCUGCAGAUCAGCCCGAUUUGGCACCGGUCAUGGCGGUAUGUAGCACAACCAGCUAUGCCGCUCAAGGCCUCCGCGCUCAAGGCGUGCAAACCGCUCGCCUAGACGAUCAGCUGGUGAAGCUGCUCGUUGCCGCCUUUCACGGCUAUUUGUCAGAGCAGAUGGUGCUCGAUGCCGUUGACGACACCAUUGGCUACAUCAACGCUUGGCGUUGUGGGGCUGCCACUGAGCAUCAAGCUCGAGCCAUCCGAGACCGUCAGCGACGACGCAACAAGGAAUCCUAUGAGCAAUUCAGGCAGGCAUCAUCGUCUGGCAGCACCUCUGAAUUGUGGAGGAUGGCCCGAUCCAAGACGCGUGCUGGCCGCGCGGCUGCGGCGGCGAGCACGACCACGACGCGAGGCGUGCUGACGCAGACCUCUGUGUUGGAGGCUGCGCUCAAUCCAGCCAUGAAGCUGCGUCUCAAUGAGGACCCCGAAGCCGAAGCCUGGUGGAAUAUUGUCCAGGCCUGCUUGGCUGGCGUGCAGACGCUUAAUGGCGGGCUCGACAGCACGCUCGUGCGCCGGCUCAAUAUUGUCAAGUGCACCUUCACUCUGACCCAAGAAAAUGGGCGCGAUGCCAGUGCACUCGAUGAUAGCAUCGAGAGUUUUGAGCAACUGCUGGAUGAAUUUCCGCAGUGCUUCGAAGCUGACGCCCACCGCAUUCUCCUCCGCUUUGAGAUGCGCGUUCAACGCCUGCUUGCCUUCUACCUCCCGGGCACAUAUGGAGAUGACGCGCCCGAGCCCACAGAAAGCAUGUUUCUUGAAUUUGAUGAGCAUGCCUUUGACGAGGAAUGCCUGGACAAUGGACGCCUCAAGCUGUCCACAUUUACCACGCGCGUCCUCAGCAAAAUCCGCCAAGAUCCCUCCAAGUACCCUGACUACGUCUCCGCCUACCGUGACUGGGAUGACUUUAAGCGACGCGCCCUGACCUUCCUUCAACGCGCCUACGAUGAGCUACCUGAACCCCUUCUCGUGCGAGCCGUCCGCCAUACCGUGCAAGGACCCCCGCCCACCGGUGCUGCCGCACCUGCAGCUCAGGUUGCUUCCGCGCCUCUCAAAGUUCUCGGCCGCUCCGAGGUCCAGCAACUGGCCCGGCGCCUUCAGUUGGAGGAGCCCUUCAACUCUGCCGUUCAAGGCGAUCGAACUUCGGCUGCCUCUCCCCCCACUGCACCUCGCAUGGCGGCAAAUCCGCCUGCCUCGCCCCCGCAGCCCAAGGCUAAGAGACAGAAUCGCCAGCCCGCUGCGCCAGCCGACCUCGACGCCCCCAUGGAUGAGCUCGAUGCCAUUCUCAUGCAGCAAGCCGCCCAAACUCGCUCCCCGGGCACCGGCUCCAAACAGGCUGCACGUACUCAAGGCGAGGCAGACCCGACCCCGACCGCCAAGCGGGCUAAGAACAGCUCAGCACCUAGUGCAGGCAACAGCGCUUCACUCAACGGGCAUGCCGGACGCCUCUUGGCCGCAUCGCGCCAUCUCAAGGGCAUUGGAGCUGACCCCAUUGAUGAGUUUCGCCGCCAGGCGCCUCGAACGGGUGACACAGUCUCGACCCUGGCCCCCGCCGCUGCCAGCGUGCGCACCGCUCCAGCUGUACAAGCCACCCCUACCGCUGCCUCCCAGGAGGAAGAUGGGACCAUUGCCUCGCCCAACACCCUGCCUUCACCCACGGCGCGCCGGCGAGCGGGAGCCACGCGGGCGCGACGGGCUUGGACGGAGGAAGAGGAAAUGAUGCUUGAGGAAGGCGUCGCCAAGUUUGGCAAAAAGUGGCGGGCCAUUCAAGCCCAUUAUGACUUUAAAGAUCGCACAAACGUUGACCUGAAGGACAAGUGGCGCAACAUGUCACGGAACUAGUCGUGCGAAAGCAGGCCAGGCCGGCAUGCAAACUUGAGCAUGUUUGUGCUUGAUGACCGUAAUGAUGUGAUGUUUUCAGUUUUGUUUUGUGCUGUGCUUUGUUUUGUUUCUUUGUUUUUUACACGUGUAUUUUGUGUGGUCGAGUCGACCCCUUGCCAAAGAGGCUCAAACUCGAGUGAUGCGGGCUGUUGCUUUGGCUUGUGAAUGAAUGCCGUCUGUUUCUUGCCCCAGGUUAACUAGCUGCCCUCCUGUGUGUCUCUUGCCUGCUGUGCCUUCUGUGCCUUCUUGUGUAUGAAAGGGUCAGAACGGAUGAGUAUGGAGUCAUUUGCAAAAUCUAAAUUGGGUCUCGG